AUGGACGAAAAGAACGAGUCCUCAGAGACCGCUUCCUUGGGUGCGACUUGGGACGAGAAGACUUCAACCGCCCCCCAGAUCGCCGCAGAACAUUUGGAAAAGCGCUAUAGUCUCCUUUCCGUGAUUGCCUUCGCAUUCACCACAACAAACUCAUGGGUAGCGUUUGCUUCCGGUCUAGCCGUGCCUUUGGCAUGUGGCGGAGGCCCUGGCAUUAUCUAUGGCCUCAUAGCAGGCGGUAUCGUGAUGGCCGUCAUUGGUGUUGGCUUUGCGGAAUUGGCCUCUGCGUUUCCGUCUGCGGGUGGUCAGUAUCAUAUUGUCUUCAUGGUAUUUCCCUCUUCGACACGUCGGAUGGCCGCUUUUUUCACAGGCUGGGUCACGAUCAUCUACAUCAUGGCGGCAUUGGCCUCCUGCAAUUUUUUCGUGGCAAGCUCAAUCCUCGACCUGGUUGCACUCUGGAUUGAGACGUAUACGAUUCAAUCCUGGCACACCUAUCUGGUUCAUGUCGCGUUAUGCAUAGUUGCAUUCUUGGCGACAUCCAGAUUUCCUGCUGCCAUCGGCCGGCUAGGCGUUGCCAUCUUCUUUCUUUCCCUGGCGGGGUUUGUAGCCUCAAUUGUCACUCUGCUGGCUGUAAGCGAUGACAAGCAGCCCGGGGAUGUGGUCUUUCGGCAGUAUGAGAAUGUCAGCGGAUGGUCUGACGGAUGGGCGAUGAUCAUCGGCAUCACGGCGUGUCUCUGGGCAUACAGUGGCGCCGAUGGACCAACUCACCUGGCGGAGGAAGUGCCCAAUCCCAGUCGCAAUGUCCCAAUCGCCAUCUGUCUGACAAUCGGAAUGGGCAUUAUCACGGUUCUGGCUUGGAUUAUCACCCUUAUGUUCGUCGUCAAAGAUGUCGACGCCAUCAUUAACUCUUCAGUUCCAAUCCUGGAAGUGUACAACCAAGCACUGGGGUCCAAGGUGGCUACCACCAUCUGGAGUGUGUAUUAUAUGGUGAUGUUCUACGAAAUUGUUUUGAAUCUCUUCAUCUUCGGAGGUCGGACGUUGUGGUCCCUGUCGCGCGACGGUGGUGUCCCGUUCCCCAAAUUCUUCUCUCAUCUCCAGUGGGCUAGUCCGGUGCGAGCGAUAGCACUCAUGCUGGCCCUGGAGGUUAUCGUCGGUAUCCUCUACAUCGUCUCGUCCGCCGCUUACAGCAGCUUCAUCAACCUCACUCUGUUUGCCCUCAAUAUUACGGUUGCCCUUCCUCAGGCAGCCCUUUUCUUCCGAGGCAGGGGCUGUAUGCCUGAGCGAGCCUUUUCCUUGGAAAAUAUGGACCAUUUGUCAACAUGGUGGCGACCAUAUUUGUCAUUUUCUUCUCCAUUACGUUCUGUUUCCCAGCGUUCAUGCCCGUCACCGCAGCUUCAAUGA